CCAGUUGGAUUUGCUUACGUCACUUCCUGGAGUAGAGCCGCGAAUACCGGAAGCCCCCCGCGUGAGAAGAGAGGGGCUGUGCCGCGCGGGGGAUGCUAUGGGCCGUAGGAAGGCGCCAGGUAAUGGAUCCCUGGGCCGGGCCCUUAUCCGCCACCAGACUCAGCGGAGCCGUAGCCACCGUCGCACUGACUCCUGGUUGCACACAAGCGAACUCAACGAUGGCUAUGACUGGGGCCGUCUCAAUCUGCAGUCGGUGACUGAACAGAGCUCCCUCGAUGACUUUCUCGCAACUGCAGAACUGGCAGGAACAGAGUUCAUAGCUGAGAAGCUAAAUAUUAAGUUUGUGAACCCUGAGGCCAGAACUGGACUGCUGUCUUUUGAGGAGAGCCAGAGAAUUCAGAAGCUUCAUGAAGAAAACAGACAGUUCUUGAGUAUACCGCGGAGACCAAUCUGGGACAAUAAAACUAGCCCAGAAGAACUCAGACAGGCGGAGAAAGAUAACUUCCUGAAAUGGAGACGCCAGCUUGUCCGGCUAGAAGAGAAACAAAAGUUGUUACUGACUCCAUUUGAACGAAACUUGGACUUUUGGCGUCAGCUCUGGAGGGUCAUUGAGAGAAGUGAUAUUGUGGUCCAAAUAGUAGAUGCUCGGAACCCACUCCUGUUCCGCUGUGAGGACUUGGAAUGUUAUGUGAAAGAGCUGGACCCCGCUAAGGAGAACGUCAUCCUGAUCAACAAGGCAGACCUGCUGACCGCCGAGCAGCGCAGCGCCUGGGCCUCGUACUUUGAACAAGAAGGCGUGCAGGUUAUUUUCUGGUCAGCUUUGACCGGAGCUGCCCAGCCAAAUGGGGACUCUGAGGAGCCAGGGAACCGCAACACUGGGGAAGCCAGCACCGCAGAGUCUGAAGACUCCAGCUCUGAGGAGGGCACAGCUCCGCCUGCUGAGGGCCACCCUCGCCCACGCAGUGAGGCCGCGGCUAGCAGCGAGGAAGACAGCAACAGCGAGUACGAGGACUGCUGGGAGGAGGAGGAGGAGGACUGGCACACGUGCUUGGAGGAGGACAGUGGUGCCGAGGAGGAGAGCCAUCCUGCACAGCCGGGAGCUGAAGGCAUGGAAGCCCGGCAGAGGAGGCCUCGCACCCUCAGCCACCUAGUGUCCAAGUGGGAGCUGCUGGAGUUCUUAAAGCGGCUGCACACCGGCAGGAGGGUGAAGGCCGGGCAGCUCACCGUGGGCCUGGUGGGCUACCCUAACGUUGGCAAGAGUUCCACCAUCAACACCAUCAUGGGCAACAAGAAAGUGUCGGUGUCCGCCACGCCCGGCCACACCAAGCACUUCCAGACCCUCUAUGUGGAGCCCGGCCUCUGCCUGUGUGACUGCCCCGGCCUGGUGAUGCCGUCCUUUGUGUCCACCAAGGCAGAGAUGACCUGCAGUGGAAUCCUGCCUAUCGACCAGAUGCGAGACCAUGUCCCUCCCGUGUCACUCGUGUGCCAGAACAUUCCGCGGCGGGUCCUGGAAGCAACCUACGGCAUCAGCAUUAUAAAGCCCAGGGAAGACGAAGAUCCUUACCGUCCUCCAACCUCAGAAGAAUUGCUGACGGCUUAUGGAUACAUGCGUGGAUUCAUGACGGCGCACGGCCAGCCAGACCAGCCUCGCUCUGCGCGCUACAUCCUAAAGGACUAUGUCAGGGGUAAACUGCUGCACUGCCACCCCCCUCCCGGAACGGACCCCGUGAUGUUUCAGUAUCAACACCAGCAACUCCUGGAGAACAGGAUGAAUGGUGAAGAAACAAAAAUGCAGCCGAGUAGAAACACAAAAGAGAAACAGAUUGAAAACGUAGUUGACAAAACAUUUUUCCAUCAAGAGAACGUGCAGGCGCUGACCAGAGGGGUGCAGGCCGUGAUGCGGUACCAGCCAGGCAGCGGCCUGGUGACCGCAGCUACCGUGAGCGCUGAGAACUCGGCUGGGAAGCCCUGGAAGAAGCACGGCAACAGGAACAAAAAGGAGAAAAGCCGCAGACUCUACAAGCACCUGGACAUGUGACCCAGACCAGCGGUGAGAGGGUGGGUGGCCAAGCAGCUGUUGGGCCGCAGACUCUCCCGGGACAGGCACCAGCGAGUGUGCACUUGGGCCGUGUGGCCACCCCGAAGCCUUGGCAUCUGGGUGCAGCUCGGGACAGCCGCUCUGCACAUCGAGUCAGGGAGCCCGGAAGCAGGUCCUGGGGAAGGUGGGCCCAGGAGGAAGGCAAUGGUGUGUGUUUGUGCAAAUGCACACGUGCUCCUGGUUUGUGAAUCAGAUUUUCUGAAGGGAUUAGAAUUAAAUUCCCACUGACCUUCCUCUCGGUGUGAGUGGGUGAACUGCCAGCUGGACCGUCCACAUCCCACCUCGGUCUUGCUUUGCUGAAGUUCUGCUGGGGUUCAGGGACAGCUUCUGAGGAUGUGGAUUAGAUUAGCUGGCCCUGCCUGCACACCUCCAGCACAGCCCAAUUUGACUGGGCAGAGGCCUGGGCUGCAGGUCCUUCAGAGUUCCUAGGGGCGGUGAGCUUCAUCUGUAAGCCACCAGCACCACCAGGUGACCAGGGCUGUCAUUUCCGGCCCUGGGCCCCUGAGCUCCUCCAUGCAUGGCUCCUCCCCGUCACAGGUGGCUCCGGCCUCUGCCAUCACAUGCCACACACUGCAGUUCUCCCGGCCCCCUGCUCCUGUGCUUCUGUAGCCUUCUCUGGGCCUCAUUUUCCCCCUAACUCAGGGCUUAACUCUGGCUUAUAGCGGAGGUGCUUUGGGGAAAGUACACAUCCCCACAAGACCUUCUUGCAGAAUCAAGAGGCCCCGAGUCCUGAAGCGCACCCAGGAAUCCAUAGUUGAGCACUUCUCGCUGGCAGGGUCAUAAAGCCAGGCAUCACAGGAUGGGCCAUCCCAAGGGACCAUGCAGACAGGGCUUCUGUGGGGAUCGCUGACUGCAGUUAUCAUGCCUGUCUUAAGCCAUGUGCUACACUCCAACAGUCACGUGACAAAGCCAUUUCCAUAGACACCAGUAAGUGGCAGGCAGCUGUGUUUAGGACGUCAUACCAGGGCAAAUGUUACAUCCUGGGAAUUAAAAGAUUAUGUUUA